AUGUCCCUUACCAUCCAAAGACUCUUCAUCUACCCGGUCAAAUCUCUGCCUCCCGUCCAAGUCUCCUCCGUCGAGCUCACCAACGAGGGCCUCCGCUUCGACCGCUCCUUUGUGCUGGUCAAUCCGCCCAAGGACAAUUCUCGUCUGGCCAAGUUCCUGACCAUCAAGAAACACUUCAAGCUCACCCAGUUCAAGCCCGUCAUCGACGACUCGUGGACCAAGUUGACCAUCAAUCACAUCCACUCGGACCCUCCCUCGUCCAUCACUGUCCCGUUGACACCCUCGCCCUUGUCGCUGCUGCAUAACAAGACAUUUGAAGUCAGCAUCUUCGGCACCACCGCCAUCGGCAUCGACCUAGGCGAAGAGCCUGCCGCCUUCUUCUCCCAGCAUCUCGAUCAAGAUGUCCGGCUGCUGUGCAUCGGCGGCACCGGACGUCGAGAGAUCCCGGGGGCAGCCUACGUGCCUAGUCAGCACAAUGCUCUUUCCCUGGCACUGAGAGAAGGUCUGCAACCUCAACGCAUCCGUUUCGCUGAUGCCGCGCCUUUGUUGAUCACCUCGACGGCCUCGGAGGAGGACGCCCGCUCACGACUCCCCAAAGCCCACCAACAUGAAGACAUCAUUCUCCGUCUGCGACCUAACAUCCACAUUGAUGUCAAAGACCAACUCCCACCAUAUGAUGAGGACAAUUGGUCGUCACUGCUGGUCCAAUCGCAGUCGGACGAAGCACAGGAGGUCACUAUAAAGUGCAUCUUUCGGUGUGUGCGAUGUCUCAGUCUGAACGCAGACCCUGAAACAGGCGGCAUGAUCCAAAGAGAUCGUCAACUCUAUGGUCUAUUGGCAAGCGACAGACGCGUCAAUGACAAAUUUCCUCAUAAACCUGUCUUUGGACAAUACGCCUUCGCAGGUCCGUCUGGUGCUGUCCUGCGUACUGGUGAUCACGUCUAUGUAACUGAACGGGUCAAGCGCACUUGA